AGGCUGGCGCACCAUAAAGGAAUUCCCUUAAACAUGGUUCGGCAACUGUUAUAGACACGACACUACUUUUACAUAAUACCCUUCUUGCUCGUGCCUGUUUGGGGUCAUACUUAGUUCUGCAGUUUAAAUUAUGUUUGCCGUCAGGAGUGCAUUCCGCCUGGGUGCAAGAAUCACAAGAAUUUCAACUGCUGUUUCAAGACGAGGAUGCGCUGCUGGUCUUCCAGUUGACGACAUCGUCAAUGGGCUUACUGAGGAACAGAUACAGCUCCGACAGACCAUUCGGCGGUUCCUAACGGAGAAGCUGGCACCCGUUGCCAAUGAGAUUGACAAGAGCAAUGAAUUUGUUGGAAUGAAGGACUUUUGGAGGGACAUGGGUCACAUGGGCCUCUUGGGAAUCACUGCCCCACCGGAUUAUGGCGGCUCAGGAUUGGGUUACCUAGAUCAUGUGAUAGUGAUGGAAGAAAUCUCACGAGUGUCCGCGGCCGUCGCCCUCAGCUACGGGGCCCACUCAAACCUCUGUGUCAAUCAGAUGGUGCGCCACGGCAACACAAAGCAGAAGGAAAAGUACCUGCCCAAGCUCAUGUCAGGAGAGCACGUGGGCGCUUUGGCGAUGAGCGAGCCCAACGCCGGGUCCGAUGUGGUGUCCAUGAAACUGAAGGCCCGGAAAGAAAGUGACCACUACGUUCUCAAUGGUGGCAAGUUCUGGAUCACCAAUGGGCCGGAUGCCGACGUUCUCAUUGUGUAUGCUAAGACAGACCCAAAGGCUCACCAAAAAGGCAUCACUGCUUUUAUUGUGGAGAAGGGUAUGCCCGGAUUUAGCACAGCGCAGAAGUUGGAUAAGCUGGGCAUGAGAGGAUCCAACACCUGUGAACUUAUCUUCGAGGACUGCAAGAUACCGGAGGAGAAUGUAUUAGGCCCUCUCAACAAGGGAGUCUAUGUGAUGAUGAGCGGACUGGAUCUGGAGAGACUUGUGCUGGCGUCCGGACCUAUCGGCAUUAUGCAGGCUGUGAUGGACUACUCCGUUCCUUACCUUCACGUAAGAGAAGCUUUCGGCCAAAAGAUCGGCCACUUCCAGUUGAUGCAAGCUAAAAUGGCUGACAUGUACACCCGACUGAGCUCCUGUCGGCAGUAUUUGUACAACGUGGCGAGAGCCUGUGACAAGGGACAUUUCAGCUCAAAGGACUGUGCCGGGGUCAUCCUUUAUUGUGCUGAGAACGCCACUCAAGUUGCUCUGGAUGGGAUCCAGUGCCUGGGCGGCAACGGCUACAUAAACGAUUACCCCAUGGGGCGUUUCCUGAGAGACGCCAAGCUGUACGAGAUUGGGGCAGGUACCAGCGAGGUGCGUCGGCUCAUCAUUGGCCGAGCCUUCAAUGCCAUGUACAAGUAGCCUGUGGAGGCCCGAAGAGAACCGUGUUGCCCAGACGGGCUGGAUCACUGCACACCCAGAGGCCUUAAGCGAUAUGCCGCUGUACGUUCUUUGGUAAACAACAAGAGUUUAUUUGUCUGUGCCUGUGGGAGAACACACUUUUGGUUCUCGGUAAAACCUUUUUUUCCACACUGAUGAGCCCUUAACUGAAAAGGUUGUGCCAGGGACAGCUGAGACCUUUGUAAUAUUUGAAUAAAAUAAAUGUGGAGAUAUAGUCACAGGCAUCCACCACAAGAGUAGGACAAACGGUUUGCAUUCCAUGAUGGAAGAUUUGUCCAUUUUGUACGUGGAUCUCUGCCGCUCGUGUUUAGAUGAGAAGUCUUCAUUUGGUCGCAAAACAAUUCCGUAAUUAUUAUUAUUAUUUCUUUAUCUUUACAUUGACUCCAUUGAUAGAAAUGCAGAAUAGCACUUACACAGCAGAGGGAUCUAGCUGUGUUUGGUCAUUAAACUACAUGUUUUGUUGUAAGCAGUUAUUUUUUGCAAGCCGCGGCAUUUAAAUUAUGACAAACUUGAUGUUGAGAUACCCCUUUUCUGUAUGUUACGGUAUGUUUUCCUUUUCAUUGGUGUUUACUGGGUCUGGGACUGUGAUUAAAAAAUGUGCUGCAAUUAACUUUUAAAUCCAUUACAGUUUUGUGAUGUUGUCUCACAUUUGUUCGUAUAUAAUGUUCUAUUUACCUACUGGGUAUUAAACUGUGUAGAACAGAGAAGCUUGAAGCCAGUUCUUUUUUUUAUGCCGCCCUCUAAUCAGGAAUGUAUUUAGACCAGAACUCCAGGUGGGUACAAUUUGUGAUGAGUUAGAAUAGAACUCCUGAUGUAUGAGCUGAAUAACCCUGAUGUAGAAACAAUGCCCCAUGAAUUACUGUAAAGAAGUCUACAUUAGCAUAAGCAAUGUGCUGGUACCGGAAAAGCUGUUUUCUUGGUAGGAAAUCAUUGUUCACUUUAAGAGCGAACAUUAAAUCGUUAAAACCAAAAUCUGCCUGUCAGGGGAUUGAACAGAAAUUAUUUUGGUUUUCAUCGUUAGCGUCACAACUUUGUUUCUGGAUUUGUGUGGAAUAAAAAGGUAAACAUUA